AAGCUGCGAAGAGGUCAUCGCCUGGAGCUGCAGAUCACCGACGGGCCGCUGGAGGGCACCUUCCUGACGGUUGGGGAGGAAGGUGCAAGAGUCGGUCGACACACUUCCAACACUUUGGUGAUUCCGGAGGCUGGCAUCAGCAGAUUCCACUGCGAGAUCACGUUCUGUGAUGGUCAGUUCGGUGUGAAGGAUUUGGGCUCCACCACCGGCAGUUUCUUCUACCUUCGACCCCACGGUCAUUUCCAGAUUUUUCCUGGGCUCAUGGUCAAACUUGGUGAGACGGAGAUGCAGGUUCUGUCUCAGAGCGCCGGUGAGCUGACCGUGCUGUUCACCGAAGGCCCCCUGGCUGGCCACAAGGUGACGAUCCCACCUGCUGGCAUCACCAUUGGACGAGUUGCUGACAACGCACUGGUCCUGGUGCAAGAUGGCACGGUGUCUGCACACCAUGCCAUGAUCUUCUUGGAGCAGGGGAGCUUCUACAUCACCGACCUCGGAAGCUGCAACGGCACCUGCCUGCGUUUGAGUGCCGAGCGACAGGAGAGCGGCUGGCAUCCCAUCAUGGACGGCGAUGUCCUGGGUGCUGGCUGCACCAAGAUCCGCUGCAAGGUCCGAACGCCCAGUCCGUGAGUGGCCACGCAACACGGCGCGGCAAAGUGCGGCAGGGCAAUGGGAAAA